CCGAACGCAGCCAUAGUGUAUAUUUUAAUACUAGUAGACUAGUAGUAGCAAGCAGCAGUGCGUAUCAAACCAGGCGAACAAGUGCAAAGAGCAAUUGAGAAAAACGGAUGCAAGUUAGUAACGUUAUGUUCUAACCGAAAGAACGAGAUUAAAUCGAAAACUUAUUAUUACAACGUGCGGAACUCAAAAUGGGUGUCCCAAAGUUCUUUAGGUAUAUAAGUGAAAGAUACCCAUGUCUCUGGGAACUCAUCAAAGAGCAUCAGAUACCAGAAUUUGAUUAUUUAUAUUUGGAUACAAAUGGUAUCAUACAUACAUGUUCACAUCCAAAUGACAGUGAUGUUUCCUUCCGCAUUACUGAAGAAAAUAUAUUUAAGAAUAUAUUUCAUUAUAUUGAAGUAUUAUUUAACAUGAUACGUCCAAAAAAAUUGUUCUUCUUGGCAAUAGAUGGUGUAGCACCUAGAGCUAAAAUUAAUCAACAAAGAGGUCGACGAUUUAGAGCUGCCAAGGAUGCGGAGAUGCAAGAAAUUAAAGCUAUGAAAAAGGGUAUUGUAUUACCUAAGGAGAAAAGAUUUGAUUCAAAUUGUAUAACUCCAGGAACAUCCUUUAUGGCUAAGCUUGGCAAGCAGCUCAAACGUUUUAUUGAACAGAAGAUUUCUACAGAUGAUAAUUGGAAAAAGUGUAAAGUGAUGUUUAGUGGAUGUGAGAUGCCUGGAGAAGGAGAACAUAAAAUAAUGGAUUAUAUAAGAUUCAUGAAAGCAAGUAAAGAUUAUGACAGUAAUUCAAGACAUUGUUUAUAUGGUUUGGAUGCUGAUUUAAUAAUGUUAGGUCUUUGCACUCAUGAGCCAAAUUUCUCUUUGUUGAGAGAAGAAGUUAAGUUCGGUAAACAACAACAAACAACGACUCCUGAAAGGACAAAAUUCUGUCUUCUUCACUUGUCACUGUUACGAGAAUACAUAGAACAUGAAUUUUCACCACUCAAGGACAAGCUACCUUUUCCAUUUGAUACAGAAAAAAUAAUCGAUGACUGGGUUCUAAUGGGUUUCCUUGUGGGAAACGAUUUUAUACCUCAUUUGCCAAAUUUACAUAUUAAUCGUGGUGCAUUACCAAUUUUGUAUCGUGCAUAUAUGGAAGUGCUACCAACACUAAAGGGUUAUAUUAAUGAAUCAGGCACAUUGAACUUGGAGCAUUUUGAAAAGUUUAUGGAAAAGCUCAGUAGUUUAGAUGUAGAACAGUUUAAAGAACAUUAUGCCGAUUUAAAGUAUUUUGAAAGUAAGACGGGUAGAAAAUCUAAUGAAUCUGAACGUCUUGUUUAUAAAACAGAAGAUGACGAGAUUGUAUCUCCGAGAAAAACAAAAAAUAAAGAUUUAGAUGCUCUAAUUAAAAGUACUACGGAUAUGUGUUUAGAUCAUUCCGAUGAUGACUUGUUUGAUGACUUUUUGAUGGACAUGGAUAUGAUUGAUGAUGAAUCUGAUAGUGAAGUAUAUACCAUGGAAUUUGUACAACAUAAGAAAGAUUAUUAUAUGAACAAAUUAGAAUAUGAUAAUGUUGAUGCGGAAGUUUUGCGUUCUCAAGCAGAAGGAUAUGUGAGGGCGAUACAAUGGAAUUUGCAUUAUUAUUAUCACGGUUGUUGCAGCUGGUCGUGGUAUUAUCCUCAUCACUAUGCUCCGUAUAUUUCUGAUAUAAAAGACUUUAAAAAUUUGAAGUUGGAAUUCGACUUAGGAGAACCUUUUUUACCUUUUCAACAAUUAUUAGCUGUAUUACCAGCGUACAGUAAAGAUCUUUUACCAGAAGCUUUUCAAUCACUUUUAACAGAGGAAUCUUCACCUAUUAUCAGUUAUUAUCCAAAUAAUUUUAAAACUGAUUUAAAUGGAAAGCAACAAGAAUGGGAAGCAGUUGUACUUAUUCCAUUCAUUGAUGAGAAACAGUUGUUGGCGGCUAUGCAACCCCACUUAUCCAAGUUAACAACAGAGGAGCAAGCGAGAAACAAACAUGGGCCAAUGUGCCUGUAUUCAUAUACUGAAGAGAUUCAGAAUGUUUACCAGGAAACGAUAUAUUUUCCACAAUUUACAAGUCAUGCUCAAGUACAAUUACUACAUCGCGACGAUAUUUUCGUGCUAAGAGAAAAAUUGAUUAGAGGAUUGUCUCCAGGUUUUGAUCUUAGCCUGUAUUACCCAGGAUUUCCUACAAUGCGACAUUUACGACAUACAGCACACUUAGAAAAAGCAAAGGUAAAAGUAUUUCAACAAGCAUCGUCGGGAGAAAAUAUGAUUUUACGCAUAGAAUCAGAGGAGACGCCAAAUUUAGAAAGUUUAGCGUCAGAAUUGUUAGGAAAAAGUGUGUAUGUGGAGUGGCCUAAUUUGAAGGAAGCUCUUGUGGUUAGCGUGUCCGAUAGUAAAAUGAGAAUUACUUUGAUUAAUCACUUAGAUGGUUAUAAUCCUGAUAAUAUCAAGAAAGAGAAUAUGAAGAACAUGCUAACAGAUUGGAAUGCAGAAAAGAAAACUAUCAAAGAAACACAUAUGUUACGUCGCGGAAUAGACAUAGGCGAUACCAGCGUAUUGCUUCACGCUCGUUUAUACUUGGGUAACAGAUAUGUUUUUGAUGAUCAUGGAAAAGUAAUGAUGGAGAAACAAUGGAGCGAGUUUAUUGUACCUUACGCUUAUCAGACUAUAGUUACAGACAUUUCCACCUUUCGUACGAAACCACCUGUUUAUGAAUCAGUGCAUAAUAUCUUUAUACCAGGAACCUUUUGUUUCAUGUUGGGACAUCCUUAUUAUGGUGCAAUGGGAGAGGUCAUGCAAAAUAAAGACAAUCAGAAACGAAGAAUUAAAGUUUCCAUAAAGAUUGCAAAAGAACCAAUAUUUGAUCAUGUUAAACAAGUCUAUCUGCAACAAAAGACUCGUUACAUGCAUGGUAGUACUGCUGCACAACGUCUUGGAAUAAGUAGUCAUCUUUUAAGCAGAAUUACUGGAACGAUUUAUGUUAUACAAGCAGCAAAUGAGGAAUUUGUUAAGCAUAAUGUCGGAUUAAAUUUGAAGUUUAAUAAAAAGAACGAAGAGGUUUCUGGUUAUACUAGAAAAGAUAAUGGUCAAUGGCUGUAUAGUCCAAAAGCUGUCCAAUUGAUCCGCGCCUAUAUGGAGAAAUGUCCUGAGUUGUUCAAUCGUCUGCAACAGAAUGUAAUGACUGACAUUUUCCAAGAAGAGGAGCUAUUCGGCAAGACGGAUUCAAAGGAGCUACAAGAAACAAUUGCGUGGCUAAAAGAAGAAUUACGUGGUAUGGAAAGUAGAACCUGUGGCAUGGAUGCUCUUGAACCGGAUCUGGUAAAAGAGAUUGAGGAGGAAGUAAAUAAAUAUCUGAAAUCAGAGGAUUCCAAGCCCAAGAUAAUGUUCAUGCAAGUGAAACCUCAGUUACUGUUCAAGCCAGGAUUACAUUUGCCUAAUGUGCCACCCGAUCCAAAUUCUCAGAAUCGUUUAUUUGAUAGAAUUUGUUGUGUCAGAAAUGAUUUUACUGUGCCGCUUGGAACCAAAGGCACUAUCAUAGGAACACGAAAUAAUGCGACAGAUACCGUGUAUGAUGUUUUAUUCGAUAAACCUUUUAUAGGCGGACUUGCGUUAAAUGGAUGUUCUGCAGUUCGGGGUUAUCAUUUAACUGCCUCAGAUUUCAUAAAUAUUAGCUUUGGCGAAAGAAUUGAACAAGGAAAUGUAAUGAACGAAUUGACGGAAUGUAGAAAGCAAACGAUAUCGAAUACCACAAGUUUUAACAAAAAAAGCGACAAACUUUCUCAUCCACAAAUGCAACUUGCUAAAAUAGGACUCGAAAAAUUAAGUCGAGAUAUUCGUAUGAGUAUGAUGCAGCGCGGUGAGAUAGGGUCAAAUUCGAAAAUAACAUCUCAAAAAAUAGUACCUCAACAUUUUCAAAAUACACCGACUCCUAAUCAAGCGUCCGAAUUCCAAGCGCUGUGGGAUGAAUUGCACAAAAUACAGAAACCUAAUGAGGCACCGGAGAAACCAACGGUACUUUCAAUGCCAAUGAAAAUUAAACCAUCUACCAAUCAUAUUAUGCAGUCGUCGCAGGAUCCUUGUGCAUUUUUGAAAGCUUUGUUAAAGAUUCCCGAUGUAAAUACUCAAACGAGUGAGCAACAAAACAAGAUGCCCACGCAAAAUACAAUGUCAUCUCGGAAAGUAGCAAUUUCUCAAAAGGAUCAAACAUCGAAACCUCCACCGUUAGUGCAACAAUUGUUUGAUCGUGCUCGACGGGCAGAAGAAAAGAAGGAAAAAGCGAAUUCAGUUUGGUAUACUUCACAACUAAUGAGACACUUCUCACAAAGUAGAUUUGGACUACCAAAAUAUAAUUAUAUUCUUGAUGAAAAAACGGGUUUAAUUACUGCUCGCAUUAUGUUGGAAAAUUCGAAAGUUUAUACAGGCGAUCCUUGCGCUACUCAUGAACAAGCCACAGAAAGUGUUGCAAAAAAAGUAUAUGAGACGUUGAAUUUGAAUAAGGCACCUGAUGCAAAAAUGAUAAUGGCACCUAGGCAACAGUGGUAUAAUAGUCAACCAAAUAUUUGGGUCCAAAAUGUCAGACAUCCUGUGAUGAAUCUUCCAAAAAUAUCUCCAAUUUCACAAAAUUUACCUAUGCAGCGUAACACGUUUUAUCCGAGAUGGAAUCAAAAUUUGCCGUCAACUGCAGCGUUUGUACAGACUACAUUAUAUAAUCAAAAGAGACACGCUCAGGUGAAACAGCAAGGGCAACAACAAGUGAAACAGCAAGGAUAUCAGCAAGUGAAACAGCAAAUGAAACAAGGACAACAAAAAAAUUCUCAAAAAGAAGAAUCAAAAGUAGAAAGAAAAAAUAGCACCGCGUUUGUUCCACUACAGGCACAAAAGAACAGCAGAAACAUGAGUGCAAAGCAAAUUCCGAAAGACACAAACACAACUGCCAAGAACUCAAGUUCUAAGACACAACAGCGUCAGAAAAAAGAAGAAGCGUCACCCAAGAAAGAAAAAUCAGAGAAUCCAAAUAAAAUGAAAGAGACAGCAUCGAGUGUGCUACAGCAGAUGUCGCAACAACCACAACAAAAUGUAGGAAAAUUGUCCAAGCCCAGGAAAUCGCGUGUUGCCGCAAAAUUCGGUGCGCAACCGCUAAUGAAUGGCGGUGAACCGUCUAAGUAAAAAACUAUCAUUGGAUAGAUAAGCUUUUGCAAAUUAAAUGUAAAUAUAAGAUUAAUUAUACUGCGAGUUAUACUCUUUUGUUCAUUUUCUACAUUUUAUAAUAAAAGCAAAAUUUCUUUCGAAAGUUUUGCUUGAACUAAUGACUCUUAAAGCCAGUUCAAUUAACUCCGAUUAACUUAAUCGGUUCAUCGAUUCAACAUAGAAAUGACUAAAUCGAUAAUUGAUCAAUGCGACCAAUUUAUUUGUAUUAAUCGACGACCGAUUUAUUUAACCGGAAGUGAUUAAAAUCUCAGCUCUUAUUACGUAUAAUUAUUAUCUAUUAUUUUGGAAACGUUAUUGUAUCGUAUCAAUAUUUUUUGUACUUACAUAUACCUACCUAAGCGUACUAAGUGAAAAUCAAGUGUACAUAUAUACAUGUAAUGUACAACGUAAAAAUUGAGAAUUAUGAUUAGUCGAUGUUAGCAGCGUUGCUGUGGAACUUGUGGACGCGUGACAUCACGCGGUAGAGAAAAUAAUUUACGAUUGUUGAGAAGAGUACGACGCGAGUCGUACCUCUCUACCUCUCUACUGCGUGACGUCACGCGUCCGCAAGUUCCACGGCAACGCUGAUUGUUAGUCCCUUUGAUUUUAUAUCUCACACUGUAUGUGGCAUGUCAAUCAAUUAAUUCUUAUUUUCAAAUUUUAUGAUAUUUUAUAACAAGACAAAAAGUUGUUUUUUGAUGAUAAAGAAGAACUGUAUACAAUGUACUGCAAUAUGUAUUUAUGUAUACGACGAUAACUUUUUCUUUUUUUUCGUUAUGGUCGCGUUUAGUAGCACACAAACGUUUAUUAUUUAUUUUUGCGUAAUUGUUUAUAAUUUUCUGCUGAAUGUAGCUCCGAACGUUUCAACUUUCAACAUCACAAGUCAUUGCAUAUAUACAAUGGUAUUCUGCUGAAUGCAACUAUAAUUCAUAAUAUGAAAUGAUUGAUAUGUCACUAUAUCAAUCGAUUAGUUAUCAUUUACCGUUUUUAUUAUUAAUUUUUGUGAUAUUUCACAACGCGAUCUAUAUAGACGACAUAUAACAUCACAAAUUAUUAAUUCAAAUAUAUUUCUAUGAUAAUUAUGUGUAAUAUCUAUUGAAACAAGUAUGUACAGAUUAUAGUAAGAAUCUAAAAAAAUCAUACGCACGAACAUUUUUUAGUGAUUUUUUGUUUUUAUCUUGGCUUUUUAUAGCAUGCUAUGAUUAGUUUGUAUUGUUUUUCAUAUUAGUGAAAAGAAAUAUAAUAUGCUUAAAUCUAAUUAUGUGAAAUAAGUUUUUAGUUUAUUUUGAUGAUGUGCGGAUGCAGACAAUUUAUUUUGCCUCGUGAUGAUACUGAGAAUGAUAGUAAUAAUAUAACACGCAAGCAUGUGGUUCGAAAGAAAGAACAUGCGAAUUUUUAUUUAUAUUGUAGCAUGAUUUAUAUACACGCAUGUUGACACACAAAAUAAUAUGCAAAUAUAAUUGUAAAUUAUAUAUGCAUUACACAUAUAAGAUAUUUAGAAGAUAUGAUAUUAAUUAUAUUUAUAAGCAGAAAACAGAUUCAUAUCCUUAACAAUUAUUUCUGUAUUUCCUUUUUUUGCAUUAUAAACGGUAUGAACAGCACAGAAAAAACAAUCAACUACAAAAUAUUUAUUUUUCUUGUAAUAAAAACCUUAGUGAUUGCUAGAAUAUACUUUAAAAUGUAAUUUUGUGUUACAUUUAAAAUUAGUUUCCAGAUUUGUAAUUCUUUUAUUUUAACUUUUUCAA